CGGCGCCGCCGCGGCUGGCGGGCGUUUACACCCACCCCCCACUCUCUCGAUCGCCGCCGCCGUCGCCGUCGCACGCUCCAAAACCAGAAACCAUCCUCUUCCACACUAGUCUCGUUCCGACCGACAGCGACGUCCCCGUGCUCCUGCUCCUGCUCCUCUUCUUCCUCCUCCGGCUCCUGCUGGGGCGCGCUCACACCCACCUAACCCAACCCGCUCCGACCCUAGGCGGAGGCAGGGUCCGGUCCUCUUCUCUCCAACUCCCCGCCUGCUACUGACCACACCAUACCUGUUACCUGCCGACCCCGACGACCGCUUCCGCUUCCUAGCCCGAAUCCCCAAUCCAAUCCAGGGUAGCACAGCAGCAGGAGGCGAUGCCCAAGACGGCGAAUCGCCGCAGGAAGCGCGGGGCCGACGAGGAGGACGCCGCCGAUGGGAGCGCCAACAAGAGGUCCGCCACCAGCGUCCUCACCUCGCUGGACGUCAACGACGCCCCGCGCCUCGAGCUACCCCUCUUCCAGCUCAACGGGCGCCACUCCGACCGGCACGGGCAGGGGGACGAGGAGGAGGAGGAGGAAGAGGAAGUCACCGGAGGAGGAGGGUCUGCGGCGCAGGCCGCGGCGCCCAGCGGCCAGAGCCCGCACCAGCAGCGCCGGCUGUGGGUCAAGGACCGGUCGCGCGCCUGGUGGGAGCAGUGCAGCAGCGCCGACUACCCGGAGGCCGACUUCCGCGCCGCCUUCCGCAUGGGCCGCGCCACCUUCGCCGUGCUCUGCGACGCGCUGGGCGCCGCCGUGGCCAAGGAGGACACCGCGCUCCGCGCCGCCAUCCCCGUCCGCCAGCGGGUCGCCGUCUGCGUCUGGCGCCUCGCCACGGGGGAGCCGCUCCGCCUCGUCUCCAAGCGCUUCGGCCUCGGCAUCUCCACCUGCCACAAGCUCGUCCUCGAGGUCUGCGCCGCCAUCCGCAACCUCCUCAUGCCGCGCUUCCUCCGCUGGCCCGACGCCGCCGCCGCCGACGGCUUCAAGGCCCGAUUUCAGGCCGACUCGGGGAUCCCCGGCGUCGUCGGCGCCAUCUACACCACCCACAUCCCCAUCAUCGCGCCCAAGGUCUCGGUCGCCGCCUACUUCAACCGCCGCCACACGGAGCGCAACCACAAGACCUCCUACUCCAUCACCCUGCAGGGGGUCGUCGGCCCCGACGGCGCCUUCACCGACGUCUGCAUCGGCUGGCCGGGCUCCAUGCCCGACGACCAGGUGCUGGACCGCUCCGCGCUGCAGCAGCGCGCCGCCGCCGGCAUGAUGGCCGGGUCCUGGGUGGUCGGCGGCGCCAGCUACCCGCUCACGGACUGGGUGCUCGCCCCCUACGCGCAGCCGAACCUGACGUGGGCGCAGCACGCCUUCAACGAGAAGGUCGCGGAGCUCCGGCGCGUCGCCGUCGACGCCUUCGCGCGGCUCAAGGGGCGGUGGGCGUGCCUGCAGAAGCGCACCGAGGUGAAGCUGCAGGACCUCCCCGUGGUGCUGGGCGCCUGCUGCGUGCUGCACAACAUCUGCGAGUCCCGCGGGGAGGAGAUGGACCCGGCCCUCCGCUGCGACCUCGCCGACGACGAGACGGUGCCGGAGAACCCCGUGCGCUCGGACAGAGCCAGCAAGGCCAGGGACGACAUCGCGCACAACCUCCUGCACAGUGGCCUCGCCGGCACCAAAUUCUUCUGAAUCCGGCCGGAUUCAUUGAUUGAUCGGUGCGGCGUCACUGCGACUGCGAGCAUUCGUCCCUGCAUCGUCGGUCGCUGACGGUUCGAUGGAUCCUCACUUCGGUUCCUUACCUAUUGUUGUUCCUGGCCAUUUUCAUUGGAAUCAUCGAUGGAAUUGAUUCUUUAUAAUUUAGGGAGAUCAUCCUCAUAGAACACACGCAGAGAUUAAACCGUGGGUUGGUUUUUUGACAGGAUUAGUUUAGUACGAAGUACAUAUCUAUCCAAGUGCAAGAAGAAGAAACACAUGUGUUUUCUUUUGCUUAUGAUAUCGCAAUAUGUGAAAAGACUGAGUUCCUCAUCAAAGGGAAAAGGAAAUAGAAAAUGUCACUGCGUCCCGUCAUGUGAAAGCUCUUGAAUUUCUUAGUGUCAAAGAGAAAAAAAAAGAAUCUUUGUGUCAGUAUUACUGUAUUAGUAAUAGGAUAUACAUAUAUGAUGGGCUUGGCUGGAGAAAUUGGGCGUGCUCUGUUCAGUUGUUUGACUUGGGGUUGGAGAGGCCAGGCUUGAAUUUCUAGGUGCGUGCGAUGUAAAAGGGUUUCAUGGUGGCAUGACUUGGGGGGUGUUUAGUUUAUUUUGCAAAAUUGUGUAAAGAUGUAAAGAGGGCAUUUGAACUACUAAAUGAAGUCUAUUUGCAAAA